AUGACCUCCACAAUCACAUCUACCGCAACAUCCACAAGUGCUUCUUCAACGGCUUCUGCCACAUGUGUCAACAACAUUGCUCCUGGCAAGAACGGCUAUCUCCCUCCAGAGUCUUGUGAUGUCAUUCUUUACUAUGUUCCUUCAUUCGCCGCAGCGAUAUUAUUUUGCGCACUAUACGGCUUGACAACCAUCGUGCAUAUAAUCCAGGCGGUAGUGUACAAGAAAGGAUAUGCAUGGGUCGUGAUCAUGGGUUCUGCCUGGGAGUUAGGUGCAUUUGUCUUUCGCACGCUACAGACCCGACAUCAAAAUAGCGAUUUGUUCGACACAUGGUUUACCAUAUUCUUCUUAUUGGCACCUAUUUGGAUCAACGCCUUUAUUUACAUGACUCUCGGACGCAUGGUCAAUUUCUUUCUUCCCGACAAAAAGCUCUGUCGUAUUAGUGCCCGUCGCUUUGGGGUCAUCUUCAUCUGUCUCGAUAUUCUAGCCUUCCUGGUCCAGCUGGCUGGCGCAGUCCUCUCAUCCAGCACCGGCGAUAGCAUGAAGAUGGUCAUGUUGGGGGUGCAUUUGUACAUGGGUGGUAUUGGCCUACAGGAUCUGUUCAUUCUAUGUUUUUUGGCCCUGACAGUCCACCUACACCGAAAGCUCUUGCAGUUGGAGAUAAACGGCACAGAAAGAGAUAUACAAAAACUGAAACAUUGCGCAUAUCCCUGGCGGUGGCAGUUCUAUACCAUCUACCUUGCCUUGGGUUUGAUCACGGUCCGUAUUGUUUUCCGCCUUGCCCAAUAUGCACAAGGCACAUCGGCCAGCAAUCAAGUCCUCACCCACGAAGUAUACGAGUACGUGUUUGAUGCAGUGCCUAUGUUUUUAGCAUUAGUUCUUUUGAAUGUGUUCCAUCCUGGCCGCAAUUUGCAAGGGCCUGACUCGAAAUUCAUUAAGAUCACUCGUGCAGAGAAAAAGGAGAAAGCCAGGGCUGCAAAGAUGGGAAAGGAACAGAAAGCGAGAGGGAGCUGGCUAAGCGAUGGCUCUACUCCCUAUCCGCUUUCAAGUCACGGCAACUAA